CCGAGUUCCGUACCCGGCGCGCGCCGCUCCCCGGAAGUGCCGGGCCCCGCUUCCGGCUGCGAGCCGCCGAGCCAAGAUGGCGCCGCUGGACCUGGACAAGUACGUGGAGAUCGCGCGGCUCUGCAAGUACCUGCCCGAGAACGACCUCAAGCGCCUCUGCGACUACGUGUGCGACCUCUUGCUCGAGGAGUCCAACGUCCAGCCCGUCUCCACGCCCGUCACCGUCUGCGGCGACAUCCACGGGCAGUUCUACGACCUCUGCGAGCUCUUCAGGACCGGUGGGCAGGUCCCCGACACCAACUACAUCUUCAUGGGUGACUUUGUCGAUCGGGGUUAUUACAGUCUGGAGACCUUCACGUACCUUCUGGCGCUGAAGGCCAAGUGGCCUGACCGCAUCACCCUGCUGCGAGGCAAUCAUGAAAGCCGGCAGAUAACGCAGGUGUAUGGGUUUUACGAUGAGUGCCAAACCAAAUACGGGAACGCAAAUGCCUGGAGAUACUGCACCAAAGUCUUUGACAUGCUCACCAUCGCAGCUUUAAUAGAUGAGCAGAUCCUCUGUGUGCACGGCGGCCUCUCUCCAGACAUCAAGACACUCGAUCAAAUUCGAACCAUCGAACGCAAUCAGGAGAUUCCUCACAAAGGCGCCUUCUGCGACCUGGUUUGGUCUGACCCAGAAGAUGUGGAUACGUGGGCCAUCAGUCCGCGGGGAGCGGGCUGGCUCUUCGGUGCAAAGGUGACGAAUGAGUUUGUCCACAUCAACAACCUGAAGCUCAUCUGCAGGGCGCACCAGCUGGUUCACGAGGGCUACAAGUUCAUGUUCGACGAGAAACUGGUCACAGUGUGGUCUGCUCCCAAUUACUGCUACCGCUGUGGAAAUAUCGCAUCAAUCAUGGUUUUUAAGGAUGUAAAUACACGAGAACCAAAGCUAUUCCGUGCCGUUCCCGAUUCAGAACGUGUCAUUCCCCCUAGGACAACCACGCCGUACUUCCUCUGAGGCCGCUCCUGCCUGCCAUCCCCCGGCCCGUGUACCGUCCCUUACAAUAUACUUUUUAUUGAGCACUUUGCUGCUGAAAUGCUGCCUCUUGCCCUUUUUAUGUUUAAAUUAUCUAAAUUUAUUGUGUAUUCUGGUGUCUGUAGUGAGUUUCUCUUUUUUUCCGCCCUACCCUAGAUUACUUUCAGACUAUUACCGCGCCCCCGGGAUCUGCUGUGCUGCACGCAGCCCUGACCGGUUCCCGGGUGCAGAUGAGCCACGGUGCUGGGGGAGCAGCGCGCUCCCCGCAGUGGGUUCGGCUUUUCCUUGGGGGAGUUGUAAGGAAUUUCAGCAGCAAAGUCAAUGCCCGGUGUGCAGCAGGAGCGGUGGCCGUGCCCGGAGCGCCAUCCUCGCUGCUCCAGGGGCAGAACUGUUCUGGGGCAGAACUGUUCCUGGGGCAGAACCGUUUUUUAGGCAGAGCCAUUCUGGGAUCAGAACUGUUCCUGGAGCAGACCUGUUCUGGGAUCAGAACCGUUUAUGGAUCAGAACUAUUCCUGGUGGCAGAACCGUUCCUGAAUCAGAACUGUUCCUGGUGGUAGAGCUGUUCCUGGGGCAGAACCGCUCCUGGAUCCAAGCUGUUCCAGGAUCAGAACUGUUUCCUGGGCACAGCCACUCCUGGAUCCAAGCCGUUCUUGGAUCAGAACCGUUUCCCGGGCGCAGCCAUUCCUGGAUCAGAACCGUUUCCCAGGCACAGCCGUUUCUGGAUCGGAACCGUUCCGGGGGCAGAACCGGUGCCCGCGGGCGGCUCCCUUCCCUCCCCC